CCACCGGAAGUGCGAGAAUGUUGAGAGAAUCAUGUGACAACGUUCCUGUGGCCACGUGAUCACUCUCCAAACAAACCAGUCAAUGGCGGGCCUCCUAUUCGAGUCUGACAGAGGAGGAGGAAGAAGAAAGACAGGGAGACGUGGUCGCGAAGAGGACAGAGAUGUGAGGUUGUCUAAAUCUAUGUCAUAUGCUCUUCGCCAUGGAGCCAACCACAUGGGUCUACCCUUAAGUUCGGAUGGUUACCUCUUUGUGGAGGACAUCCUUGCUCACCCGCAAUUCCACUCGUACAAACUGGAUGACGUUGAGAGAGUUGUAGCCACGAAUGAUAAGCAGCGUUUUAAGAUCCGUGCUCACCCAGAAGACGGCCGCAUGCAGAUUCGAGCCAAUCAGGGACAUACAUUGCAGGUAAAAGAUUUGGAGCUGAAGCCAGUUCUGGCUGGGUCUCCAGACUGUCCUGCUGAGGCUGUUCAUGGAUCUUACAUGCACAACUGGAGCUCCAUCCAGCAGCAUGGCCUGAGCCGCAUGAGGAGGACGCACAUCCAUCUGGCCCCAGGCUUGCCACAGGAAAAUGGCGUAAUCAGUGGUAUGAGAAGAGACUGUGAUCUAGUUAUAUUUAUUGACGUACCCAAAGCUCUUGCUGAUGGUAUUGAGUUCUUCUGGUCAGAGAACCGUGUUUUGCUGACAACAGGAAACUUCGAGGGAAAACUACCCCCGGUGUACUUCAGCCGAGCCAUUCGGCUCAAGCCUACAAGGAGCAUUCUGCCACUGUGAUGCCAGCAAAAGAUUGAGCAACAAUUGAUCUAAAGAUCAACAAGUCUAUCCCACCAUCCAUUUGCUAUGCCGCAUAUUCAAGUCUUUGGUGAGCUGGAGCCUAUUGUAGCUCACUUUGGGCAAAAGGCAGGUGACACCGGGACAUUCACACAUAUGGGCAAAGUGAGUCUUCAGUUAUUUAAUAACCAUAUUUUGGGAAUGUGGGAGGAAUUUGGAGGACCCAUCCAAGCAGGGGAAGAACACGGAAAGGCCGGCGCUAAAAUUUUAACCCCAAACCUCAGAACACUGGGGCACAGUUGCUCUCAGCAAACAGCAAAUGUUGGGAAGUCUUGGGAGUGGCUAUUUCUAACGAUUGUUCACGUUUUCGUUACAAGUGCUUUUGAGCUUUUAUAAUGCCUUGAAAACUGGGUGUGAGUACAAGUGAGGAUGAGAAACAAUUUAUUUUAUUAAAAGGGCAAAUAAUAAGCAUUUGGUGUUGCCAUCUAUUUUUUUCUUCCGGAAUUCAUCUGCUCUUUGUGUUGAGAACCUAACAAUGAGGUAAAUGUGCUACACAUUGGUCACUGAUUAUUUGGUGUGUGUAAUUUUUAACUUUGUUUUAUCUUUGAUCUUUUGACAUUUGCCACACGGGUACGAGUCUUAUCAACACGGUUUUCUGCCCAA